ACUCAACUCCAUGUUGCCUUCUGUCAAACUCUUCGAAGCGCAUGUUUGUAGUCAAAAUUUUGCUGUGAGUUUGCAAAGAACGUUACCCGAAUAAUGUCGUCCGAAAAACCUAACACUGCGCAGGAUGCCGCCGACAGCAGCGAUACGAAACCCGCCGCACCGAAGGUGGUGCUGACCGCCGACCAGCAGGCAAUAUUUAAUCGCAUUGCAAAGAACGAAAAUAGCGAACUGCGCCUACUGCUGUCGCAGUACAAAGCCAGCGUCGAUUUUGUGGACGAAAAUGGCAUGACACCGCUGCAGCACGCGGCGUACAAGGGCAACAAGGAGGCGGUGCAGCUGCUGCUGGACCAGGGCGCGGAUGUGAACUCCAGCAAGCACGAGUACAACUACACAGCGCUGCACUUCGGUGCCCUGUCCGGGAGCGCUGAGGUGUGUCUGAAGCUGCUGCUGGCCGGUGCCGAUGCGAAGGCAAUUAAUUCCGUCGGUCGCACCGCCGCCCAGAUGGGUGCAUUCGUGGCGAACCACGAGGCGGUCGGUACGAUCAACAACUUCGUCCCGCUGAAGGACGUGGAGUGCUAUACGGUUGCACGGGGCCAAAAGGAGGCGCUGCUGCCGGUGGUGCUGCUGGAGCCAUUCCAUAGCUUUAUCAUGCAGGUCAAUAUCCACCCGGUGCGGAUACUGCUGAACCUGCAGCGGUACGGUCUGCUGGCCUCGGACAUGAAGAAUCUGCGAGCGGUGCUGGUGGAGAUGAUGGAGCGCGAGAUGAAGCGGCGCGGUGAGGUGAACGAGGUGAUGGCCUUCAAGUACCAUUAUCUCGGGUACGUGAUGGGCGAGAUUGUGAAGCACCGCGACUACGCCAACUCACGGCGCGAUGCGCAACAGGAACAGAAGACCGAUUUCGUCGAGCUGUUUGCCAAGCGGGUGCUGAAACCGAACAAGGACGGCACGCUGGAGUACGUGGAAGCGCUCGUGCGCGAGUGUGUGCGAGAGUUCCCGUUCCGUGACUGCACCAUCUUCCGGCAGAUGGUGACGCAGCUCGCCAGCAAGGAGAAUCUCGCCCCGGCCCUCGACAUUGUCCGUGCGGCCAUCAAUGGGCAGCGCGGCUUCCAGGACACGAUCACGUACUGCAGCUCGUGCGGCGAGGAAAAGCCGGACAAAAAGUGCUCCAAGUGCAAGGAGGUGCAGUACUGCGACCGGGAGUGCCAGCGGUUACACUGGUUCACCCACAAGAAGGUAUGCAGCCGACCGUCUGGAGCAGCCGGCGAGGCACCGAACGCGGCCGCCGCCAAGGACAUCGAUUCGACGGAGAUUAGCGAGCAGCUGCAAAAGUUGGUCGCCGGUUGAAUGGAGACGUUGAUGGCGGAAUGCGGCGAUGGGGAGGACACUUGCAAAGAGCACUAUUUUAUGUAUGUCCCAGUGUACUGUAUGUGUGUGUGUGUGUAAUGGCAGACGAAGACGAAGGUUAGGCAAUAUUGUACCGUAAGUGAGAAGAAGCUACAGUGUGUCUCGCACUUUUCGCAUUUGGUCUGUGUCAGUAAUGUGUAAUAAGCUAAAGCUGAUAUGGAAUAAAGAAAUCAAUUCCAUCAAACAAA